AAUGUUCUCUGGUGCUCAGUCUUCUCCUGCUGUGAACUGGGAACUUAUGGGACCUUCUGCUCUCACCCAACACAAGCCUGUACCUCAUGGAUUUGGGAGUAUGGGGAGAAGCUUUCUGAUAGAUGACCUGCUCCGGGAUGUGGACCACCACACUGUGAAGCACCCUCCUGUUGCUUGUAGUGCUGUCCCAGGAACAUUGAGUCCAGCAGCGGAACAAAUCAGCCCAUCGGGAGGUACAUAUCCGGCAGCAUGGGCUUUUCACCUAUUCCACCAGUCAGACAGACUACCUGCUCUCUACCCCAACACCAGGGGAACUUUCCAUCCUGCAACAGCUCUCUCAAAAUGCUUCCUUCUGCAGUCCCUGCCAUUCUACCCAGCCUGCUGCGGUGGGUCCUGUCAGCACCCUGCAUCCCCCACUGCUUUUCCAAGAAAUGAAAGUCAACUACCACUGUUAGCACAGGACUCAAACUCAAAGACGCGGCGUGUAAUUUUAAGAAGAGCAGUUUUUUCAGAAGACCAGAGGAAAGCACUUGAGAAGAUGUUCCAGAAACAAAAAUACAUCAGUAAAGCUGAUAGAAAGAAGCUUGCAGUUAACCUUGAUUUAAAAGAGUCCCAGGUAAAAAUAUGGUUCCAAAACAGAAGAAUGAAGUGGCGAAACUCAAAAGAAAAGGAAGUUCUUUCUAAGCGGUGCCUUAAUGAUGACCCAAAUGACCAGAAACUCUCAAGAACUGUAUCGAGCAUACCUAUUUGCCCAAGUGAAAAGGAUUUAUGUAGCUUACAGCAGUUCAAUAAGCUCAAGACACAAUUAUCAGAAAAAGCACCGGCUCUAGCAAGAGACUGAUAUUUAACUGCACAGGACAAUUAUCUGGAAACUUCAAUUCACGUUAUAGUGGAUUCAAACCGGAUCUGCAGUGCAGAACGGAAGCUACGUUGUAGAAACAGUAUGCUGUUUAGUACUGUACAAAGUGGGUAUACUGACAAGGACAUUAAAGCACACUCUUGUU